AUGAACUUGACUGUGACGUCUAAUGGAACUGCGGCCAAGAAUACUGAUGGCUGGGAUACCUAUCUCUCAGAUUCUGUUGUGAUACAAAACAGCGUGAUUCAAAAUACCGAUGACUGCGUAUCCUUCAAGCCAAACAGCACUAACAUCAUCGUCCAAGGCUUACAGUGCAGUGGCAGCCAUGGCAUUAGUGUUGGCUCUCUAGGGCAAUACGUUGGCGAGGUCGACAUCGCCGAGAACAUUAUGGUUCACAAUGUCACCAUGUCAAAUUGUGGCAGCGCGGCCAGAAUCAAAGUAUACCAGGACGCCAUUCCCAACGCCGACGGGAGUCUCCCUACCAGCAGUGGCGGAGGUUCCGGCUAUGUCAGGAACGUCACCUAUGAGAGUAUGCAGGAGAACACCUGUGACUACGCCAUCGAGAUAACCCAGUGCUACGGGACAAAGAACCUUACCCUGUGCAACCAGUAUCCGGUAAGCGUCGAGUAA